UCAUUUCGACCUCUACGUGACAUUCGAAGGUCAGAGCCCGCUUGGUUAAAUCGCCGGAAAUUUUCAAAAUUUACAUCGGCAAAAAUGGCUUUACACAAAUUAAGCAUUGACGCUCUGAACUUGGCGGGCAAACGCGUACUGAUGAGGGUGGACUUCAAUGUGCCCCUUAAAGACGGUGUCAUAACGAACAAUCAACGUAUCGUGGCAGCCCUCGACACCAUCAAGUAUGCGAUCGAGAAGAGUGCGAAGAGCAUCGUGCUCAUGUCGCACUUGGGCCGACCGGACGGCACCGCCAAUCUCAAGUACACACUUAAACCGGUCGCCGACGAGCUUUCGAAGCUUCUAUCCAGGUACACACCGAGUUUUUCCCGUCCUAGGAACGUCGAUUUUCUACCCGAUUGCGUGGGAUCACAGAUCGAAAGCGCGUGCGCCGACCCCAAGCCGGGCUCCAUCAUUCUCUUGGAGAACUUACGUUUUCACGUCGAGGAGGAGGGCAAAGGCAUCGACGCCUCCGGAAAUAAGGUGAAAGCCGAUCCGGCGAAGGUGAAGGAGUUUCGUUCGUCGCUCCGAAAGCUCGGCGACGUUUACGUUAACGACGCCUUCGGUACGGCCCAUCGCGCUCACAGCUCGAUGUUGGGCGAGGGUUUCGAGGAGCGCGCCUCCGGUUUCCUCCUGAAAAAGGAGCUGCAGUACUUCGCCAAGGCUUUGGAUAAUCCGGAAAAGCCGUUCUUGGCUAUUCUGGGCGGCGCGAAGGUCGCCGAUAAGAUACAGCUGAUCGAAAACUUGCUCGAUAAAGUCGACGAGAUGAUUAUCGGAGGCGGCAUGAGUUACACAUUCCUUAAGGAGUCGCAAAAUAUGAGUAUCGGCAACUCCCUGUACGACGCGGAGGGAGCGAAAAUCGUCCAGAAGCUGCUCGACAAGGCGAAGGCCAACAAUGUCAAAAUACAUCUGCCCGUCGAUUUCGUGACGGCGAACAAGUUCGCCGAGAACGCGAACGUCGGGAGCGCAACCGCGGCGGAGGGUAUACCCGAGGGACUAAUGGGAUUGGAUAUUGGGCCGAAGAGUUUGGAACUGUUCAGGGAGCCGAUCAAACGCGCCAAGGUCAUAGUUUGGAACGGACCUGCAGGUGUGUUCGAGUUUGAAAAUUUUGCCAAGGGGACCAAAGGAUUGAUGGAUGCGGUGGUCGACGCGACUAGCAAGGGUACUGUGAGCAUAAUCGGUGGCGGCGACACCGCAACUUGCUGUGCCAAGUGGAACACCGAGGAUAAAGUCUCGCACGUUUCAACAGGAGGCGGUGCCAGCUUGGAGUUGCUUGAAGGAAAAGUUCUUCCCGGCGUGGCAGCUCUAACCGAUGCUAAGUAAGGUCGACUUUCUGUGUUCAACCAUUUUUGUUAUUAAAGUAGAUGUUGUAUAGUCAUGUAAUCUCCACCUAAAUAAAAGCCGUUUUUGUUUAA